UUGUAACCAUCCUCCCCAGGAUUGGGCGUCCUCCUCUGGUCGAAAGCAUCAGCAUCUGCACAGUGAGCUGCCAUCCUGCCAGCUGUUUUGUGCAGCCCAGCGGCUGCAAUCGCACGACUCUGAUCCAUCCGAAUGAAAAAGGCGUUGCCAUCUGCAAAUGGGUGAAAACUGCCACCGCCGAGUGUCUGAUCUCCCGUUUCCCUGCGCUGCAGAUCAUCACUGUGCAGUGCACCCUUCGCUCGGCUCAGACACAAUACAUACAGCGAGCUGUUAUGCCGUUUUGAUCUGCAUUAACAAGCCUGCAUUUUGAGCAAACAAGGUCACCGGCUACAAAAUAAAUCAACAAAAACAAGAUGUCUAAAGCUAAGGCUUGCGAAUCGGUGAAGGUGGUUGUCAGAUGCCGCCCAAUGAAUGGGAAAGAAGAGGCGGCUGCUUGCGAGCAGAUCGUGGUUAUGGAUGUGAAAUUGGGACAGGUGUCUAUUCGCAACCCCAAAGCCACAUCCAGCGAGAUGCCCAAGAUCUUCACGUUUGACGCCGUCUAUGAAAACAGUUCCAAGCAAAGCGACCUGUACGACGAGACAGUCCGCCCUUUGGUUGACUCGGUGUUACAGGGCUUCAAUGGGACAGUUUUCGCUUAUGGUCAGACAGGGACAGGGAAAACAUACACCAUGCAGGGAAUCUGGGCUGACCAAGAGAAGAGAGGAAUCAUCCCUAACGCCUUCGAGCACAUUUUCACCCACAUCUCGCGAUCCCAGGACCAGCAGUAUCUUGUGAGGGCUUCCUACCUGGAAAUCUACCAGGAGGAGAUCCGAGAUCUUCUCAGCAAGGACCAGAACAAAAAGCUGGAGUUGAAGGAAAAACCAGAAACCGGCGUUUAUAUUAAAGAUCUUUCAUCCUUUGUAACUAAGAAUGUCAAGGAAAUAGAACAUGUAAUGAAUGUUGGAAACCAGACCAGAGCAGUUGCGUCCACCAAUAUGAAUGAGUACAGUUCAAGAUCUCAUGCCAUUUUUGUUGUGACAAUUGAAUGCAGUGAGCUUGGCCUGGAUGGUGAGAAUCACAUCAGAGUAGGCAAGUUGAACCUGGUUGAUCUUGCUGGCAGUGAGCGUCAAAGCAAAACUGGAGUCCAAGGAGAGCGUCUGAAGGAGGCUGCUAAAAUUAAUCUUUCUCUUUCUGCUCUGGGUAAUGUAAUAUCUGCUUUGGUGGAUGGCAAGAGUACUCAUAUUCCCUACAGAGACUCAAAAUUGACCCGCCUGUUAGAAGACUCCUUAGGUGGUAAUGCUAAGACAAUAAUGGUGGCCACUAUUGGUCCAGCAUCCUGCAAUUAUGAAGAGAGCUUAACAACUUUGAGGUAUGCCAACAGGACCAAGAAUAUUAAAAACAAGCCAAGGAUUAAUGAAGACCCCAAAGAUGCAUUGUUGAGAGAAUUUCAAGAAGAGAUUGCAAGAUUGAAGGCACAGUUGGAAAGAAGAGGGAUGCUCAGCAAGAAAAGAAGAAAAAGCCAUAAGAAGAUCAUUCUGGAAGGAGAAGAACUCAUAGAUGAAGUUGAGGAAUCUGAAGACAACAUAGAAAAGGACAUGGAAAAUUACCUAAAAGAACAAAAAGAGACAUUAGAGAAGGAAAAAGUAGCAAUCCAAGACGAUCAUAACUUAGUGGCAGAGGAGAAGCAGAAAUUGUUGGAAGAGAAGGAGAGGAUGAUGGAAGAUCUGAGGAAGGAGCAAGAAGCCACAGAGCAGCUCGCAGCCAAGUUUAAGGCAAUGGAAAGCAAGCUGCUGGUUGGAGGGAAGAAUAUCAUGGACCACACCAAUGAACAACAAAAGAUGCUGGAGCUGAAGAGGCAAGAGAUUGCAGAGCAGAAACGGAGAGAGCGAGAAAUACAACAGCAGAUGCUGCUGCAGGAUGAAGAGACAGUGGAGCUGAGAGAAACUUACACUUCACUUCAGCAAGAAGUAGAAAUGAAAACCAAAAAGCUGAAAAAGGUGAGAAAAAAACUCUUUGCAAAGCUUGAGGCUGUGAAGACUGAGAUCCAGGAUCUACAGGAUGAACAUGUGAAGGAGCGACAGAACCUGGAACAUGUCCAGAAUGAACUGACGCGGGAGCUUAAACUCAAGUAUCUGAUUAUUGAAAAUUUUAUUCCACCUGAAGAGAAAAAUAAGAUCAUGAACCGGCUAUGCUUUGACUGUGAGGAGGAUCAAUGGAAAUUUCUGCCUCUCGUGCCUGCUGACAAACACCAAAUGAAGAAACGAUCUAUGUCUGCAGUGGGCUACAAGCGACCAAUCAGCCAGUAUGCCAGAGUUGCCAUGGCAAUGGGCAUUCAUCCCAGAUAUCGUGCUGAGAAUAUUCUGUUCCUAGAAUUAGACAUGGCAACACCCACAGUGUUCGAGUUGGAGAUGCCACGGUCACAGUCACUACAUGGAGCAACCGGGGGAGAACUGCAUCACAGCAGCUCUGUUUUCCCAGACCGAUCAACCACAGCAAGAGUUAGGAAAUCAAGAUCAUGGUCCAGGCCUGAGAGACGAGUAUCUUCCUCCUCUUCUUUCUCCUCAUUGGCUUCAGGCUCUCAGUUGUUCUCUCAUUCACAGGGGAAGGUGCCACAGUGAGGAAUACUGUGAUACUUGUGCCUGUUCUAGCUCUUUGGUGAGAAAUUCGUCCUCAGCCUUAAGCAUUAAAGGUGCAAGAUAGCAGUGGCUCCAUUUCCAAAAUUUGCUUCCAUUAACUUCAGUAGAGGCAAGCAUUGGAAGUGGAGUGCAAUACACAGCCGCUUCAGAAUUGCAGAUUUAGGACUAAAGACUGAGGUCAGAUUUCAGGGCAUUUAUUUUUCCUGUCCCUCAAUCCAUCUCAUUGCAUCUCACACAAAAAUGGUCCAUGCUUCUCACUUUCAAACGGGUACUGCCGCAUUUGACAGUGUCCCAUCAAUCUUCAUCUGCUUUACUGCAUUAUUUUGCAGUCUGAGAUACAGGGUUAAAGAGGCACACAAUGGGGCUUAUUGAGGAAACUCUUUCCCAAACAAGCUUAACAAUCAAAACAAUGAAAGUUAACAGUUGAUGAAAUUCAAAUGUUUUCAGCCACUGGGUGUUCAAUAGAGCUCAAACCAGAAGUAAAGCUUAAAUAAUUGAUCACCCCUUUAUAACUUAAUUUUCUGAAUUUUCAAAUUGCUCAGCCCCUUCAAUGUCAUUCCCACUUUUCCAGUAUACUCGUACCUUCCAUCCAACUUGAUUCACUUGAAAAUCUGUUCUGAAAGAAGAUGUGUGUCCUGUCGUGCUGAAUGCAGCAGAUUGCCUGCCAUGUUUAUUUCCAAGAGCAGUAAUGUCGCUUUGUAAAUUUGUUGGACUUUUGAUUCUAAUUAAAUUGAUGUUGCUGUUGCUCCAAAAAAAGUUGAAAUAUUUAAUCGCAGGUCCUGCUGUAACUGGGAUUGAGGGUACUUUAUUGUGGAA